AUGGCAUUGAUACCCAAAGCCACUCCAAUGGUUGGAUCUGUCGCAAAUGUUCAUGUGCCACGAGCUGAACAGCAAGUCAUCAGCAAAGAGGAUGUAGAGAAAAUAAGGAGAUUAUUGGGGCCCAAGUUUGGCAGCCGCUAUGCAUCUCUAGCUAGUUCUAUAGUGGAUAAGGGUACUGAAACAGAAACUGCUAAGGAAAAGAAAGCAGCGACUCAAGAAAGCCCAGGAGCAAUGGUACCCUCAAGAGAGCAGAGGCUAAUCACUCAGGCUGACGAGGUGCAGAGCAAAGUUUAA